CAAGACACCAAGUCAACAUUUUUUGAGGAUCUUCCAAAAUUCAGCUGCCUAUACUUAUGCUUGGAGCAUUGGCUGCCAUUGCCCAACAUCCUAUCAAUUGGCGCUCAUUUCUUUUGUUUGAUUCCCAAUAAUUGUCUUGGCACAAGUCUCCCAUUUGAGGGCUGUUUCUAUGGUUCUCUUUCCGCGAAGCUCUCCGUCAUUCAGAUCAGCCUUGUUGUGUGAUCGAUGGCAUUCCUAUUUAACCGCGCCAGGUCACGGCAACCUGCUGAGGUCGCGCGGUCAAUAAAGGACCUUCUAUCACGCCUGUGGGAAAACCCGAAUGGCGGCUCAAAGGUGGAGGAAGAUCUAGCCAAGCAAUUGGCUCAUAUGAAAUUGAUUGUUCAGGGGACACAGGAAGCCGAUACGCUCCCCGAACAGGUACAGCAAUUGGUACAAGCAGUCAUCCAAGAUGACCUGCUCUACGAACUAGCCCAAAGUAUCCGCCAUCUGCCAUUCGAGGCAAGAAAAGAUACGCAAACCAUAUUCUCUCACAUCCUCCGAUUCAGACCCGCCGAUGCGAGCUCUGCGGAUCCCCCCGUCAUAUCCUAUAUCGUCCACAACCGGCCAGAGAUUAUUGCAGAGCUGUGCUGGGGUUAUGAAAAUCAUCGAAGUGCCAUGCCCUGUGGAUCUAUACUGCGAGAAGCCUUAAAGUUCGAGGUCAUUGCUGCCAUUGUCCUCUACGACGAAUCAGCCAGAGAGGAGCCUGCCAUCCGGAUUAACGAGGUCGACCCGGGCGCGAAGCAAACGGGAGAAGGGCUCUUUUGGCAGUUUUUCCAAUGGAUCAACCGUGGCAGCUUUGAAGUCAGUGCCGAUGCAUUUACUACAUUUCGGGAUAUCCUUACGAAACAUAAAGGCCUGGUGUCGCAAUACUUAUUAUCCAAUUUCGAGCUUUUCUUCAGCAAAUACAAUAGCAUCCUUGUCCAGUCAGACUCAUACGUGACGAAGCGACAAAGUAUUAAGCUGCUAGGGGAGAUCCUUCUAGAUCGAGCGAAUUAUAAUGUCAUGACGAAAUAUGUUGACCGCGGAGAUCACCUCAAGAUGUGCAUGAACCUGUUGAGAGAUGAUCGCAAAAUGGUUCAAUAUGAAGGUUUCCAUAUUUUCAAGGUCUUUGUUGCAAACCCUAACAAGUCUGUCGCCGUCCAGAGAAUCCUAAUCAACAACCGGGACCGGCUGUUAAAAUUCCUCCCCAAGUUCUUGGAGGACAGGACUGAUGAUGAUCAGUUUACGGAUGAGAAGAGUUUCCUCGUUCGACAGAUUGAAAUUCUGCCGCCGGAGCCCACUGAUCCGAGGCAGGGACAAGGCGAUAAUAGCAAUAAUAAUGCUUUGAAUGGAUCCGGUUCGGGAUCUGGAGCAGGCACAGCUGCAGCAGCUUAAAAAGAAAAAGAAAAAGAAAAAGAAAAAAACUCAAUCUCCAUUGAAUUAAUAUCUUGUGCUGUUUUGCUGCGGUGCUGUGGUAUUACUGUGCACGGCUUUGCCUCUUAUCCCCUUCCCCUUCUAACGGCUUUCAUAUAUUUUCUUUUCUUUGUUCCCAUCGCGUUGGGCCGACAGAACCAUGGUAGCCUCUAAAAUCCCCCGCCCCGCACCCCAUCCACGGCAGCUUCUCCACGCGCGUGGGCACCCCUUCUAUUCCUUCUAUAUUAGCAACUUGCUUUUUCUUCCCUGGAUUAUCCAUUUUCUGAUAGUUAUUAAGCAGGAGAGGGCGGAGGAAACAGGGAAACGACGAAUAACGGAGUUUUUAAGGAGGAAAUCGAUUUUUUGAAUAUCAGGGAAUAAAUGGCGUUUUUAGCCCACUUGAUUCAUGGGAGCAGAUGGACACCAAGGAUUAUUAGUUAGUCGCGAUGUAUAAUUCAUUUUUAACAACCCCCA